AUGAGACGACCAGGCAACAUGAACCACAGUGGCGUAAACAUGCAAAGAACAGCAAACACCACAACCAAGCUGGAGUCCGUCAGAUAUUACAACGCCCUGGGGAGAAUAACCCUUGGGAGCCAAAUUGUAGAGGACCAAAUCUCCAACAUGAUGAUCCAAAUGCAGAACCAUGAGAACCCCCCAAUUACUUUUGUGCAGGUUUGUGAACAACUCAAUGCAUGGCUUGGUGGCUAUCAAUCAAUUCUCAAACAUAUGACACCAGGCAAUUUUAACUGGUUUAUACACACCAUGUUAUUCUACCACACAAAGUAUGUUCUCCACAAACAGCAGAUGAAGAAACCAGAAGAAGGUGAGGAGGAUAACUUGGGUUUAGAUGAAGAUGUCCAGGAUGAUGAGGAUAACUAA